AUGAAACCAAAGCCCCACAAAAGAUCCAACAAAACCCGCUUCCAAAACCCACCAGCAGCAGCAGAAAAUCCAUCAGAUUAUGCCUUCAAAAUAACAAAAACAGCAGUAUCACAAAUCUGCCAAUCAGUAGGGUUUAAGUCCACACAACUCUCAGCUCUUGAAACCCUAACCCAUAUAGCCACCCUUUACCUCCAAACACUAGCCAAAACAGCUGUGUCAUAUUCCAAUGCAUCCAACCGCACUCAAUCAAACAUCUUUGACAUAAUCAACUCAUUACAUGACAUGUCAUCUGUACAAGGUUUUACAGGAGGAUCCACGCUGCAUUGUAGUAGUAGUGGCAUUGGUCUUUUAAGGUCUGGUGUGUUUAAAGAUAUUAAAUCUUUUGUUGAGUUCAGUGAUGAAAUCCCUUUUGCCAAGCCUAUUCCAAGAGGGAAUUCGAUUUCUUUGAGGAGGAAUUCAAUUUCUUUGGAAAUAGAUGAAUUGGAUUCCAGGGGUUUGCAUAUUCCAAGGUGGUUGCCAAGGUUUCCUGAUGAGAAUAGUUAUAAGAAUUGCGGGGACAGGUGGGAAAGGAGGAGGGAAGGGGGCCUGGCCUUGUGGGAGAAUUCUGAUUUGGUGAGUGGUGGAAGUGGAAAUAAAUCCCAGGGGAUUUCCAGGGAGAAUGAGAAAAGAAGUGAUGGUGAUGGUGAUUUGUCGGUGGAGAGAGAAAAGGAUUUAAACUCUGUUUCUCUGCCAAAAUUGGAAUACGCAAACCAUACUUGA